CUCAGUCAACACGACUUCAUCAAAAUCUUAACAAGAUGAAACAGUUCACUUUGAUACUUCUCUUCUGUCACGUUUCAUCACCAGUGAAACACUCCCUGAAGUUUUUCUUCACCGGCUCCUCUGGGAUCCCAAACUUCCCUGUUUUUGUUGGAGCUGCAGAGGUGGACCAAAUACAGGCUGCUUCCUGCGACAGUAACAAACAGAUGAAAGCAAGACAGAACUGGGUGAAUAAAAUAAUGUGGACCGAUCGAGAACAGUUGAAUUGGUACAAAGAAGAGUGCUUUGAAAUUCAGCCGUACUUCUUUAAAGACACUAUUAACGAUUUGAUGGAGCGCUUCAACCAGACUGGAGGUGUCCAUAUCCUUCAGAGGAUCAGUGGCUGUGAAUGGGACGUUGAGACUGGAGAGGUUGAUGGUUUCAUGCUGUUUGGUUAUGAUGCAGAGGACUUCAUAUCAUUUGACGAGAAGACUCUGACAUGGAUUGCUCUGAAACCAAAGGGCAUCACGACAAAAUUGAGCUGGGAUGCCGACAAAACUAGAAUGAAACACUAUAAGAAUUACCUCACUCAGGUUUGUCCAAAGUGGCUGAAGAUGUAUGUGGACUAUGGCAAAAGCUCUCUGCUGAGGAAAGACCUCCCCUCAGUGUCUCUCCUCCAGAAGUCUCCCUCCUCUCCAGUCACCUGCCACGCUUCAGGUUUCUACCCAAACAGUGCCGUGAUGUUCUGGAAGAAAGAUGGAGAGGAGCUUCACAAGGACGUGGAACUUGGAGAGAUUCUCCCCAACCACGACGGAUCCUUCCAGAUGAGUGUUGACCUAAAUGUUUCAUCAGUCACACCUGAGGACUGGGGGAGGUACGAAUGUGUGUUUCAGCUCUCUGAUGUGGAGGAUCAAAUUCUCACCAGGCUGGACGGAGCAGUGAUCAGGACUAACUGGGGAAAAUCUGUUAGUAGUUAUGUCAAAGGUGAGGAACUUUUAUUUAAUGUCACUAUUUUUAUGCUGAAGGCUCUUAUCAUCUUACUUGUUGGUUUAACUUUAAGCAACUUGAAAAUCAGGGAGAGCAAAGCCCAUCAAUGA